GCGCAGAAGGUGGGCUGUGACGAUACCGUACGGAGAAUUUCGGCAGAAAGGUAUGGAGCGGAGAGAAGCCCGACGCCGGGAUUACAGAACGGGACGGUCUUGCGCCCUACCGCGAUGCGCCCUAAGGGGCUGCGUGUGGGUCGUGGUGGAGCGCUUCAGUAUCGUGAGUCUGCUGUAUAAAGCAGCCAUCUAUCCCAGAGCCUCAUGGGGACAGGGACAUCAAAUCGACACGAACGGUCUUCGCACCAUCUAGCAUCAUGAGUGUUCAGCAAAAUGGCGUGGUUGUCCACGAACGGCCCUCCAUCACGGAUAUCAUGGAGAGAAGAGCCAAGGCCGGCAGGCUCGUCACGGGUAUAGCAGCUGUCUCGGAUAGUGACAUGUUCAAGGCCCCGACGUCCGGCAAGCCCAAGGCCAAGAACUGGGACUCCCACCUCAGCCCAGAGAGUCAAGGCCGCCCGCCAUGCAUCCUCAAACAAGCCUCCGGCUACCUCAAAGUCCCCGGCAUGAUCUCCCUCGGCGGCGGCUUCCCAUCCAGCGAAUACUUCCCGUACUCCGAGAUCAGCAUGCGGGUGCCCACCGCGCCCGCCUUCGCCGAAACCGACCCGACGCAACUCGUCACCAUCGGCAAACACGACAUCAGAGACGGAACAUCCGAAUACGACCUCUCCGUAGCCCUCAACUACGGGCAAGCGACCGGAUCUCCGCAAAUGACGCGGUUCAUCACCGAGCACACCGAACUCAUGUUCAACCCGCCCUACGCUGACUGGCAGAUCUGUCAGACUGUCGGGAGCACCAGCGCGCUGGAACAGACCGUCCGCAUGCUGUGCGAUCGCGCGAGAAAAGACUCCAUCCUGACGGAGGAAUACACCUUCGCGACGGCCCUCGAGACCAUCGCUCCACUGGGUGUCAAGGCCUUCGGCGUGCAGAUGGACGGGGAGGGACUGCUGCCGGAAAGCAUGGACCAGACCCUCUCCGAAUGGAACGAAGACGCCCGGGGCGCCCGCAAGCCCCACGUCCUAUAUACCGUUCCGUCCGGGCAGAAUCCCACCGGCGCGACGCAGGGCAUCCAACGCCGGAGGGACAUCUACGCCGUGUGCCAGAAACACGAUCUGUACAUCAUCGAAGACGAACCGUACUACUACCUCCAAAUGCCGGCCUACAAAGCCCAGCCCACCGCCCCGUCCUCAUCCGACCCCACCAGCGUCGAGACCUUCAUUGCAGGCCUCGUCCCCGCUUUCCUGAGCAUCGACGUCGACGGCCGCGUCCUCCGCAUGGACUCCUUCUCCAAGGUCCUGGUCCCCGGCUCCAGACUGGGCUGGAUCACAGCCAGCGCGCAGAUCGUGCAGCGGUACCAGCGACACGCCGAGGUCGCGAACCAGGGACCCAGUGGGUUUUCGCAACUCAUGCUGUGGAAGCUGCUUGAUGAAACAUGGGGUCACGAGGGGUAUCUGAGGUGGUUGAUGGAUUUGAGGAUGCAUUACACCAGAAGACGUGAUGCGUUGUUGGCUGUUUGCGAUGAGUUUCUGCCCAGGGAGGUCGUGAGCUGGACUCCGCCUUCUUCGGGGAUGUUUCUCUGGAUGAAGGUUGAUCCUGCCAAACACCCGGACUAUCCCCGUCGCUCUGCACUGGAUAUUGAGGAAGAAAUCUUCCAUCAUGCGAUCGAUAAUGGUGUUCUGUGUGCCCGGGGCUCUUGGUUCCGGACGGAGCCGGGUACGCCUGCCAGUGAGAUCUUCUUUCGGGCGACGUAUGCGAGUGCCAGUGAGGAGGCGAUGGGCACGGCGAUUCAGAGGUUGAGUAUGGCGAUUCGGAAGUCCUUCCAGCUGCAGUAGAUAGGUGGAUUUGAUGGUGAGGGCGGUUAUGCUUUCGUUUUGGGAUUUCGUUGCAUGGGUUGGCGUUUGGGGUGCGGAAUUAGAUCUGACUUGUGACCUGGC